AAACAAGAGAGGAAGAAGAACACAUUGAGUAGCGCCGUUUUGUGUUUGUGAUCUUUAUAAUUUAUCUGAUUAAUGUUUGUUAUCUCUCUCGGAAUUCUCUCAGCUGAAGAAAGAGACAAAGCUGAUGAGAUGAAUGACUGAACAGAAAGAAGUUGUGUCUUCAAGCAAACUGAUUCUCUUCUACAAUGAUGUCAAUACAGGGAGAAGCCCCGCCUACAACUGGUGACGAUCUGACUUAUCAUCACAGACGCAGCCCUGAGUCACAAGCACAGAGUCCAUCAUUUUUGUAUGUUCGCUGUAGCAGCUGGAGUCCUACAAUGUCUGCACUGAAGAGGAAUUACAAAUGUUGGGUUUUGGGAUGUACCAAUAAACAUCAGAGUCUCUAUAGACUGCCACAAUCUCAGCCACUGAGAGCAUCGUGGUUAGAUUUCAUUUUUUAUGGAAAUGUCCCAAAGAAAGUACCUAGAAACUUACACGUUUGCGCCAAUCAUUUUACACCAGACUGCUUUAAAAACGAGAGUCAGUUCAACGCUGGAUUUUCAACCAGCUUGAUUCUGAAUAAUGAGUCAAUACCAACGCUUCGUUCUCAAACCGUAAAAUCAGAACAAGAUGUAUCUGGUGUCUCUGUCUGUGGCUUCACUGAUAAACCACCAACAGAUCUUCUGGUUUCUGUCUGUAAUGGAGAAGAAAAGAAGACCGUAAAUCUGCCGGACUGUGGGAUGGAGCUGAAACAAGAAAUCACAGAAGAAGGAGAACAGACAGAUGAAGGGGAUUUGGUUUAUUCAGACCUGAUGAAGUUGGAAAGUUUUCAAUCAAAUAACCUAGAAGAGAAACCUCAUCAUUUUAAACCUGGAGAAAAAUCUUUGAGCUGCUUGAAGACUGAGAAGAUUUUGUCAGUUGAAGAUUCUUGUAUGUGCUCUCUGUGUAGGAAAAUGUUCAAUAGUCAGUCCGAACUUAAUGCACACAUGCAAAUUCACACUGGAGAAAAGUCUUACAGUUGUGAACAGUGUGGACAGAUGUUCACUCGUAAGUCCAGCCUUAAUGUUCACAGGAGAAUUCACACUGGAGAAAAGCCUUACCCAUGCGAUAAAUGUGAAAAGACCUUCACUUAUAAGUCCUACCUUACUGUGCACAAGAUGAUUCACACUGGAGAAAAGCCUUACAGUUGUGACCAGUGUGGACACACCUUCAGUUGUAAGUCAAGCCUUACUAAACACAAGAGAAUUCACACUGGAGAAAAGCCUUACAGUUGUGAUAAAUGUAAACAGACCUUCACUUAUAAUACAAGCCUUACUAAACACAAGAGAAUUCACGCUCGAGGAAAUCCUUACAGUUGUGACCAGUGUGGAAAGAGCUUCAUUUCUAAGUCCAGGCUUGAUACUCACAAAAUGAUUCACACUCGAGUAAAGUCUUACAGUUGUAACAAGUGUGAACAGACCUUCACUAAUUUGUUCCACCUUACCGCGCACAGAAAAAUUCACACUGGAGUAAAGCAUUACAGUUGUGACCAGUGUGGAAAGACCUUCGCUCAGAAGUCCCAUCUUACUGUGCACAUAAGAAUUCACACUGGAGAAAAGCCUUAUAGUUGUGACCAGUGUGGAGAGAGCUUCACUUAUAAGUCCACCUUUGAUGUACACAUGAGAAUUCACACUGGAGAAAAGCCUUACAGUUGUGACCAGUGUGGAGAGAGCUUCACUUUUAAGGCCAAUCUUACUGUGCACGGGAAAAUUCACACAGGAGAAAGUCCUUACAGAUGUGACCAUUGUGGAGCGAGCUUCAGUCAAAAGUCCAGCCUUAGUUUGCACAAGAGAGUUCAUACUGCAGAACACGCACAUACCCGGAGCAGUCAACAGCUAUCACUGCAGCGCCCAGGGAGCAUUGGGGGACAAGGUGUUAUCUCUCCAGGAGCUUCUGUCUGUAAUGAAGAAGAACAAAAGACAUCAGUAAAUCUGCUGGACUGUGGGAUGGAGCUGAAACAAGAAAUCAAAGAAGAACAAACAGAUAAAGAGGAUUUGAUUUAUUCAAACCUGAUGAAGGUGAAGGAGGAAAGUUCGGAUGAAACUGAGGAGAAACCUCAUCAUUAUAAACCUGAAGAAGAAUCUCUGUGCUGCUUGAAGACUGAGAAGAUUUUUUCAGAUGAAGAUUCUUGUACGUGCUCUCGGUGUGGAAAAAUCUUUAUUUGUAAGUCUGACCUUAAUGUGCACAUGCAAAUUCACACUGGAGAAAAGUGUUAUGCAUGUGAUGAGUGUGGAAAGAGCUUCUCUUGUAACUUCAACCUUAAUGCACACAAGAGAAUUCACACUGGAGAGAAACCUUUCACAUGUGAUGAGUGUGGAAAGAGCUUCAGUCACAAGGCCAGCCUUAAGGUGCACAGGAGAAUUCACACCGGAGAAAAGCCUUACAGAUGUGAUGAAUGUGGAAAUAGCUUUGUUUAUAAGUCCUCCCUUAAUAUGCACAAAACAAGUCACACUGGAGAAAAGCCUUACAGAUGUGAUCAGUGUGGACAGAGCUUCAUUCAAAAGUCCAACCUUCUUGUACACACAAAAAUUCACACUGGAGAAAAGCCUUACAGAUGUGAUCAGUGUGAACAGAGCUUCAUUCAAAAGUCCAGCCUUCUUGUACACACAAAAAUUCACAAUGGAAUAAAGUCAUACUGUUGUCCUGAGUGUGGAAAAAGCUUUAUUCAAAAGUCCAGCCUUGGUGCACAUGUGCGAAUUCACACCGGAAUAAGGCCUUAUCGUUGUGACCAGUGUGGAAAGAGCUUCACUCAAAAGUCCAACCUUGGUACACACAUGCGAAUUCACGCUGGAAUAAAGCCUUACAGAUGUGAUGAGUGUGGAAAGACCUUCACUCAUAAGUCAAGCAUUACUCUGCACAGGAGAAUUCACACUGGAGAAUAGCAGAUCCUAUCAAUCCAUCCAUUCAUCUAUCUACUUUGACUUGAAGAGCAAGAUUUUGUGUCGUAUUGAAUCGAUGCUAGUUUUGUCAAACAAGGAAGUGUGAGGGGGAACGGAUAGUGUUUUUGACUGGCAUGCUGCCAUGUUGGGUUUGAAUCCGGAGUGAAGUCUCCCUGUCUACAUUGUUGUAAUAGCUAUUUAAAGAUCUUUUUUAUUGAUGUCUGUCUGACAACUACAUGAACUUAGUUUUGUAACUUGUAGCUAUAAAUCCUUGAUGUUCAUGUCCACUUAAGUCUUGUCAGCGUACCUUUGUCUUAAAAUAAAAAAGUGUAAUAAUAUAUAUACAAACUACAAAGUAUUUAUAGCAUAUAUAUGAGAUGCGCAUGUGCUUGAUUGUGUUUGUAACAGCCACAAAAUGGCCGGUCACAAUGUUUUUACUUGUUGAUUGCAAAUGUGCAAAAUUGGUCUGUAACUUCACAAAUGUUGAUGCAGGUGUCUUGUACCAUAUUCACUGAAGCAAUUACAACAAAAAAAAGAUGAGUGUAUGAGUUUCUUGAUCUGUGAUUCAUAGAAUAUAGAUUUUUUUGUAUGUGUGUUAUGUUUGAGGAAAAGAAAAACAUCAAGUUUGCAACCCUUAAAACG